AGCAGAGGAUCCGCGCGGAUUAAUAAAUUCCUUCUCCUGGGAAGGACACCUCUCUCCAAGAAACCUCCUCCUCUUCGUCCAUUCGGACACGAGUAUAAAUAAACUCAAGAGGUACAAGAGAAGAGGAAUAGGACGAGAUCGAUCACAUUAACGCGAUAUGGAGCUGGACCUGGACCUGGACCUGGACAAGCUAAGCGCGGUUCGGGUCCUGGGGAGGGGGGCGAUGGGCACCGUCUUCCUGGUCGUCGACCGCUCGGCCCACCCCUCACGGCCGCCGGUUUUCGCUCUCAAGGUGGUGGAGAAGCACUCCCCCACCGCCAAGCCCGACGCCGACCGCCGCGCCCGCUGGGAGCUCUCCGUCCUCUCCCGCCUGGGCCCCCACCCUUUCCUCCCCUCGCUGCUGGGUUCCUUGGAGACCCCAGACCUGUUGGCCUGGGCCGUCCCCUUCUGCCCCGGCCGCGACCUCAACGCCCUCCGCUACUCUCUCUCCGACCACAUCUUCUCCCCCGCCGCCAUCCGCUUCUACCUUUCCGAGAUCGUCUCCGCCCUCGCACAUCUCCACUCCCUUGGCAUCGUCUACCGCGACCUCAAGCCCGAGAACGUCCUCCUCCAGGGCUCCGGCCACGUCACCCUCACCGACUUCGACCUCUCCCGCCACCUCAACCCCAAACCCCUCCCUUUCCCCUCCUUCUCACCCGCCUCCAUCCCCCUCCCUUCCCCUUCUAACAACAACAACAACAACCGCCGGCGUCGGAACCUCACCCGGAUCUUCUUCGGUGGCCACGCCACCUCCGGCGGCGGUCCCACCGACAUCAGCGUCCACCUCCAGCAGCAGCUCAGAAAGGUCAAGUCCGCCCGCGUCUCUCCCGUCAGCCGCCGCCGCCCCAGCAUCUCCGGCUUUGUCGCCGGCGACGCCUUCGAGCGUUCCCACUCCUUCGUCGGCACCGAGGAGUACGUCUCCCCCGAGGUCGUCCGUGGCGACGGCCACGAGUUCGCCGUCGACUGGUGGGCCCUCGGCAUCCUCACCUACGAGAUGGCAUACGGCCGGACCCCCUUCCGCGGCCGCAACCGGAAGGAGACCUUCCGGAACGUCCUCAUCCGCCAGCCUGAGUUCGCCGGCCGGCAGCGCACCGACCUCACCGACCUCAUCUCCCUGCUCCUCGCCAAGGACCCCGCCCGGCGGCUCGGGUACGCCGGCGGGGUGGAGGAGGUGAAGGCCCACCCGUUCUUUCGGGGAGUCCAGUGGGAUCUGCUCGCCGACGUCAACCGCCCGCCGUUCCUCCCGCCGCUCGAGGACCUCGAGGAGGAGGUGCUCGCGCCUGGCGCUGACAAGACCGGUGCCGGUGCCGGCGCCGGGUGGUUCGACGUCCGGGACUACUUCAAGCGGGCCUCGUCGGCAGCGCCGUCGCCGUUCUCGUCGUCAGUAUCGCUGGCGGAGUUCUGACGGUUACCGUUAGUUGACCUCUUCUUUUUAACCUUUCUUUUUUGAAUAAAAAGGUGGACCUUUUCCCGGUACUGGGGGAUGUACAUAACAGAAGAGGGGCCGAGACGUGCGCAGACGGGAACGGUUCGCUGGCCCGGGGACGCUGGUUGUAAUUAGGAAUAACUGUAGGGGUUAUUUGACAGAAUUUUGAGAAGACACGUUUGCCGUACGCACGUGUGCAGCCUGGCUUGUACCGGAUCCAAGCAUGCUGUUUGUAAUAUUCCUCCCCUUAUUUUACGGAAUGAACAACCACAGAGGGUACCUAGUGUUUAGACAAA